AUCCAUAGUGUUCCGAAAAUACGGCAAAGAAAUUAUACAACAUCUAUCAACGAAGAACGCAAUUUGACGGCGUCAAGAAGUUUGCGGUGUGUGUUUCAUAUUGUUGAGCAAUCGUCGACGACGCACCUAUCCAUCACAACAACAGACACUGACCAUCCAUCCAUCGGCACCCGUUUUUUCCGUUUGUAACAAAAUGGAUGUCCUCGAAGCUGUAAUUGGGAAACUGGAGCAGGGCGAAUACAAAUCGGCCCUCGAUGUCAUAGCCGACUCGGCCAACGAUACAAUGAUAAAGGUACAAACCAUGGAUCUGAUAUCCCUGAUUGCCGGUAAUCUCUCGGAUGACAAUGCAGAAAACAAACCAGACCUUUACACCACCUCGGAAACACUUUUGCAUCGACUGGCCCUAAAAUGCACCCCACAAGAAGUGUUGUUCGAACUGAUCGAAAAGCUUGGUAAUGCACCUAGCGAUGAAGUUUUCACGUCCUUGCUGAAAGUGGCACAGGUGGCCAUCCUGCGACUGCCCGCGAAGAACGCACGUUGUAUCGAGUGGGUGUUUAAUACAAUCAUGGAAUACCUCGAGAAGAUACCGUUGCCUGAGAACGUGAACAAGGACAUGGACGAAGAGGAAGAAGUCUUAUUGGAAAAUGAUGAAACUGUCCGCAGGUGGCUGCAGUUGUAUCUGACGAUGCACCUUUUUCUGGAACCAAUUACGAAGCAUCUUGAUCGGCCAUCGGGAAGCAUUUUCUUCGAAACUAUUCUUAACCAGAAGAAUGCAUUAAUUUGUUUCGUACUGCAGUUGAUGGGAAAGUUGUUUCCACUGCUGCAUCUGCAGCGAACCGAGCAACCGAGAAGAAUGCCCCGAGAGCGUCCUCUUCCAGCCGCCAAAAGUUACUCGAUCCAAGUGGCCGAAGAUAUGGCUAGCCUUAUUUUAACGCUUGUCAAAGAUCCACUAUUCUUGUUGCCCUACGGAGAGAGAAGAACAAUGUAUGGCCGAAAACGUACCAAUACCGCCGUACGGUUGCGCGAUGAAGCAGGAGACGAUGAAGAACAAACUGCUGGAAACGAUUGCUUUUUAAACCAUGAAAAGUACAAGGUGGAAGGACUAGCGGUGCUGUAUUAUCUUCUGCUGGGAGAAAAUUUACUACCUGCGAGCGUACCCCAAGUGUAUGAAGCACGCUACAUUUUCGAAAUGGGACUCUACUACGUGGUGCAACUCGUCAGCUCCGAACGGACGUUGGUUUACUUCAAAGGAAUCCGAUUGGCCCAAGCUUUAGUUAGAUUGCUGCGCGGUAUUGAGCUAACGGCGAAAGAUCUGGACGCACAGAUUCACAGUACGUUUUGUAAACGGUUCAUUCGUGCCCUCGAGCGUACGGGGAGUGUUCGUAAUCGAGAGGUUGGACUAGCCGUGCUUACACAGUAUAUCCAUUCGUUUGACGAUGAAGGUCGCUACACGGUAAUCGCUUUCAUGUUGAAGAAAUUCGAGGACGAUUCGGUGCGAUCGUUUGCUAUCAGUUGCUACAAAAAUCUUGUCUGCGACGCGAUUCGGCAAAACAAAUCCGACACUCCGCUUCCAAGAUGGUACAGCGGGGAAGUGUUACGUGAUAUGUUAACGAAACACAUCUGUGUACUAAAGCACGGUGUAAAGACGGACCUCCUGGAUAACUCCUACAGUAUCACCAGCGCCAUCUCUGCCCUAUGGGUGCUGCUGAAGACGGAUCAAGCGAAUCACAGCCACGUCUGGGACUACUUCGACGUGCUAGAAAAUCAUUUCCUACUCGAGCUUCGAACGGCACUCGACCUUAGUAGGGCCCACUAUCAGAGUGAACUCAAAGCGACUGUGGACGGGAACCACCAGCAGUUGGGUUUGGAACCGGCGACGGAGCUCACUAUUAGCACACUGAACGGCGGGGAACAACCGCCAGUACUAACCAGAGAGAAGAAGGUUGAUAUUUGUAAACAGAUGCUGUUGCGAUUGGAUAUGCUAGAUUUCAACUUGGCUCGGCUCAACCGUGAAAUCGGUCAAAUCAAGGAAAAACAGUGUAAUCGUUAAUAAGAAAUGUAGUCUUCCUGUAACGAUAAGUACGAAAUAAAGCGAUCAGU